CAAUAAUGAAUACUGAACAAAGAAAAGUUUCCAGAAAGGAUCGACAAGAUGGGGAUAUAAACUUCUUCUUAAAAUCUACAGCACCUACUCCAAUAUCCUUUUUUCGCUUAACUCAUCCAACUCAACGUAUACGGGCCAUUAAUAAAUAUAAAAAAUGUCUUGCCAUUGCUAUAAACCGUAGUAAGGGCUCAAUGCUUGAUAAACUGAAAGCCUUGGAUACUAACGAAGAAUUUAUACAACGAGACUGGGAAACUUGGUUAAAAGAAAAGAAAGCGAUCCUAGCCUGUCGAACAAGUCACGAUACAAAUUUGCAAAUUCAACAAGAUUUUGCCUUAACGAUGAAGACAAUCUUUGGUGCAACGAAAAACGAUAUUGGAGAACAUAAUUAUAUUGUUUCAGAAAAACGUCAGCUGGAAGAUACGGAAAGUGAGGAACUCUCUCAUAAAUUUUCGGUUCCAAAAAAGAUAAAAUCUGAAACCAGCAACUUUGAUGAAGUGCAUAAAGAAAUUGAUGGUAGAACUGCACGUUCAUCUAACAAACUAUACCCAGAAUUGAAUAGCUUCAAUAAUAUAUUUCUUCAAACACCAUCUGAAUUGACAUGCCUUCCCGAAUCAAAGGAUUCAAGAGAUGACACCGAACCUGAACAAAAAGAAACAAUUCAAUUUCAAUACGAUUGGUUUGUCGGACUUGGCAUAAAAGAGUCAACGUUGAGUGAAUUUGACAAUAAGUGGACCAUCGGAACAAUUAAUAUUUCAAAUUUGCUACUAGAAUAUCGUAAUUUGUCUGUAAAAAAAGCAUCUGAGAACAAGCUAGAGAAUGCUGUCGAAAUGCUGUCCUCUGAUGUUUUGGAUCCAUCCACCUACAAAAAUUCUCCUUUCCAGGGAAGGAGAGCCGAUUUUUCUAUUUAUACACAAAUUCAAAGCAAUAAAUACUAUCUAUUGGUAUCCGAAAUAAAACCUGCCAGAUAUAUGUCUUCAAAGGAAACCAAUUUUGUGGAUUUCGAUUUAAUAAAAAUUGGGAAUGAAAUGAAGAACAUGCUUGAUAAGUGCAUUAAAAAUGGUGUAAAAACCAAAGAUUUGUCUAUAUGUAGCAUACUUGUUGAAGGUUUUCAGUGCAGUGUGUUUGUUAUGGAUCUGAAAUUUGAUGCGAUAUACCGAAUGAUACUCCUGGGAAAGUUUUUUCUUCCACAAAAUGUCCAUAACCUUAAUGUACUUUCCAUUGCAAUAGAAGAACUAAUGCAAAUAAAG